GUCGGACUGUAGUCAUCAUCUGUCAAUUUGUCAAUUUUUAUUUGAAAAUGGCGGACGAUGCUUCUAGCAGUAGUGGCUGUGCCGGUAAUUUAGUUGAUAACUCAAUAAAUCAAGAUGAGUUGAUUAUGAAACAACAACGAGAGAUAGAGAAAGAGAUUUCAGAAACGAUACCGCUAGUCGGGGAGCUUGAGCCUUUAGCGUCUUUAGAAAAAGAAUAUAACGAGGAUCCGGUGUAUCUUUUAAAAGUAAAAGAUUUAUCAUCCAAGUAUAAAAAUAUUAGAAGAACGCGACCCGAUGGCAACUGUUUCUUUCGGGCUUUCUCCUAUGCAUAUUUAGAACAUCUCCUUAAGGACAAAACGGAGUACGAAAAGUUUUAUGAAAUAGCGAAGAACUCCAAGGAGAUUUUAGUCGCUUUAGGAUUCUCCCAGUUUACUGUAGAAGAUUUUUAUGAGACGUUUAUGGAAGUAGUCCAAAGAGUUGGUGAACAUGCUGGCGGCUCCCCGGAUAGAUUAGACGAGAUCCGUGCAGAAUUGCACGAGAAGUUCAACAGGCAGGGGCACUCUGACUACAUAGUGGUAUACUUGCGUCUCGUCACCUCUGGCCAGUUGCAGACUCAGCAGGAUUUCUAUCAGAACUUUAUUGAAGGAUCGCGCACUGUCACAGAGUUCUGUAGACAGGAAGUGGAGCCUAUGUACAAGGAGUCUGAUCACAUUCAUAUUAUAGCCUUGAGCAAUGCGCUAAACGUCGGCGUCAGGGUGAAGUACAUGGAUCGCGGAGUCGGUAGUCAGGUGAUAGCUCACGACUUCCCGGAGGGCGCGCAGCCGCUGGUACACCUGCUGUACCGGCCUGGACAUUACGAUAUACUGUACGCGUGAUCUAAUUCGCAUUAACAAUAAACUUAAUUAUUUUAUUCA